AUGCCUUCCUUGCCCCUGCGGACCUUUAGUGUCCAGCUCCAUCUAGCUGAAACUAAUGAGAUCUUUUCACUGCCUCAAUGCCAAAAUGACUUGACUCUGAAGAAGCUUAAGUCCCAUUUAGAAUUGUUGACUGGGAUCCCCUUUCAUUUCCAGCGGCUUCAGUACCUGGAUGAAGCAGAUCUGCCAGAUGAGUCUACAUUUAAGGACAAUGAUAUUGUCCCUGGUGGAAGGAUUACAAUGCGCAUCUGGCGACAGGAUGGCUGGGGGCAUCUUGUGGCAGCUGCUGCAAAAGGAGAGACUAUGAAGCUAGCCCGUCUGGGAGUUACAGAGGACUUUGCGGGCACCACGCCAUACACAGAGUUACUGGGACCAGAGCAGAAAAAGGAAUGGGUAGCACACCGAGCUUUCGUGGCACUGUUUGUUGCCAGCCACAGAGGUCAUGUUGAAACUGCCAAGUUUCUCCUGAGACAUGGUGCGGAUUUGCAUUCUAAAACCCCGCUAGGAAGGACUGCCCUUCAUGCUGCCGCUGUCGCGGGCCGGUGCGACUGCAUUGAACUGCUCCUUCGCUAUGGGGCACGAGCUCUGGGCCCGGACAGCGAGGGACAAACCGCGGUGAGCCUUGCCCGCCUGUGGGGCCAGAAGCAGAGUGAACGCACCAUGGUUUGCUUCCAGUGGAGGAAGAGAUCCCCUGGCACUGUGCCACCCUCCAGCGCUGUGAAUCGGGCCUUGCAGCAGACGUCUGGUCCCACGUCCUAAAAUACAUACGGGCUAACUUGGUUCUGGCAAAUUUCAAGGAACAGGCAGUAACUUUCCCAGAGACCCACACUUCAAAUAUAGGUCACUGGGUGGGAUUUGUAGGUUUUAGUUAUGAAAUAGGCUCAUGUGAUGCCGCAGCUAAGAUGACAACUAACUUGACAGCACAGCUCUCAAACACGCUUUUAAUUUGUAGCUUAAGUAUUUAUAACAUUGUUCCCUAGCCAAACUGGCCAUUUAGUUAAUACGGUUUGUAGGAGAGCUCGAGCCUGCCUGCAAGUUCUCUUUGGAAUGCUCCUUGCUAGGGUAAUUUCCUAAUAGUUGGCAACAGACCAGGGCGAUAUAGUUUAAUGGGUGUUUCAGGGGACUGGAAAUCCCUAGAUCUUUAAUCCAGUUCUGGCCCUGACUGGCUUUAUUGCCUCUGGCAGAUCAGUUAAGGGUUAUUUUAUAAGUAGAGCAGUUUGUCUGCCAUGGGAGAGCGCAGGCAAAGUUGAUGUGCAUGUAAGUGGCUAAUUAUGAUUGCCCAGUGCUUGCUUA